AUGUUUGGCUAUGAAUGCAUCCCUGGACAUGGCUAUGAUGUAGUAGCCUACACCAUGUUCAACGAUGAUGAAAAUGGAGGUGGAAAAGUCUGCUUUGUUAUUGCAUGUUCCAUCGCAAGCUUGGAAGGUGAUGAUGAUCAUCCUAUUCCUGUGGAGGAGGACAUGGAUCUUAUUGUCGUGACAUUCGAAUUUUCCAUUUCCGAUAAGGAUGGUAAUUCUACAAGAUUCCUCUCAGCCAAAACUUUGGGUCGUGCAUCUUUCCUUUCGAUUUUGCUUCAGAAUCUGAUAAGCCAAAACUCACCCAACCUUCCCAUUCCACAGAAUCCAUUUCUUGAUUUUCAUCUUGCCAUGUCUCGAAGGCAUCGCUGCUGCGCCUGCUCCUUCUGCGUGUUCUACAACAUCGUCCUCUGCUUCCUCCUGUCCCUCCUCAUAUUCUGGUUGAUCUUCCUUCCCAAAGAGCCCAAAUUCAUAGUCACAAAUGCCUCUCUCGCGCAAUUUGAUUUCUCCACCACUAACAACACUCUCUUCUACAACCUUGCCCUCAACAUCACCAUCCGAAACCCCAACAGAAGGGUUGGCAUAUACUACAACCGCAUCGAAGCCAUUGCUAACUACAGAAAGAACAGGUUUGCUUUGGUCACGUUGACUUCGACGCCAUUUUACCAAGGCCACAAGAACACCACCACUUUACAACAAGCCCUUGUUGAAGGGCAGCAGGUUGUGGUGUUUGGAGAACAUGACAUUUCCAAGUUUAACUCGGAGACAGCUGCUGGUGUUUACAGCAUUGAUGUGCAGCUUGCUGUUAAGGUUCGAGUCAGGUUUGGAAAAUUUAAGACAGGCUAUUACACGCCGUCACGGAACAUCAACUGCAAGCUGAAGGUUCCUUUGAGUCUUAAAGAAACCACUGCUGGUGGUUUCGAGACUACAAAGUGUGGGAAUGUUGAUAUCUUCUCAGAUCCUGAUAGUGUAGGCUAA